UGCCCCUGUGCACAAAUUGAGCUCCCUGAAGAUAUGGUUUAUGUGGUUUGAAGUGGAAGAUCUUGAGUGGCUUGCUAUAGAGCUCUGAUCGUAUCCCCGCUGAACACCUUUGAGAUGAACGUGAACACUGCACCCUCACCCACAUCAAUACCUGACUUUACUCACAACCUUGUGGUGCCCAGACUGAGGUCCUGAGCACUGCAGAACAAGCUUUUAUUGAGGAUAUCUCUGUACUUUUCCUUAGUGAUCUUACCACCACAGCAGUUUUUGGGAUGGUGUUUUGGCGGGUGAUGAGUGGUUCCUGGAUUCCUUCACACAUUACGUUUAGAAUUGUGGCCAAACAGUUUGAUCUUGAAUUCAUUAGACCAGAGAAUCUUGUUUUACACAGUCUGAGAGUUCAGCAGGCCUUUUGGGUUUAAAUAAAGCCCAGAUCGGUGGAAGCUGCAGUGAUGGUUGUUCUGGAACUUGGUCUCAUCUCCACACAGGACCUCAAGAGCUCAGUCAGACUGACCAUAUACGGUUCUUCAUCCCUUCUCUUACUAAGGCUCUUCUCCCUGAUUGCUCAGUUUGGUGGCAGGUUUUUGCAAGAGUCCUGAUUGUGCUUCUUUGAUUUAAGAAUUAUGGACUCCACUGUGCUCUUGGGAAUCUUCAGUGCAGCAGUAAUUUUUCUUCUGUGCUUUGCAACAAUCCUUGUCUCUGAGCUCUGCAGGCAGUUUCUUCGACCUCAUGUCUUGGGUUUUGCUCUGAUAUGCAUUGUCAGCUGUCAGGGCUUCUAAAGAGAGGUGUGCGCUUUUCCAAAUCAUGUCCAACCAAUAAACUUUUCCACAGAUAGAAAAACAUCUCACCAACAACCAAGAGAAAUAUCGGCAACUUGAGCUCGUUUUCAAGUGUUGCUGCAACGCUUCUGAAUACUUCUGUACAUGCGAUAUUUCAGUUUGAUUAUUAAGAAAAGAUGUUUUAAGAAUUUUGUUUUCUUUUUUAUCGUAAUGGGGUACUGAGUUUGGAUUAAUGAGAAAAAGAAGGGAAUUUGAAAGAUUGUAGUAUCAGGCUGCAACAUAAAAAUCAGAAAUUAAAGGUGGUCUGAAUUAUUUCCGAAUGCAUAUCAAUGUAUAUUGUGUGUGUGUGUGUGUGUGUGUGUGUGUGUGUGUGUGUGUGUGUGUGUGUGUGUGUGUGUAUAUAUAAAAUGCUAAUUUCUAAGUCAUAUGAUAGAAACAAAGUAAAAACUGAUUAUGGGCUUCCCAGCUAAUAGUUUGAGAGUGGGACAUACUAGGGUAAAAUAAUCUACCAGUAAUUAUAACAAUAAUAAUAAUAACCUGGAAAUUAAAGGGUUAAGAGGAGACUUCUGUGCUGGAUGAUGUCAGAGAGCCACUCCUGCCUUGACAUAGAAUACGGAAGUACUUACUCUUUACUAGAAAGGAAACUGAUAGUAAUUACAGCCUGUGAUCAUCGAAAUGCCUCUAUUCAAUGGCUUCUCCAGUAGGAAACUGGAGAUAAACUUGUCAGGAAAGAGACUGAAAUCACUUCCUUCAGAUCUGCUUCAGAAAGGCCAGGAUGUGGACAAGGCAGACCUGGAGAAGAACAGACUUAAGAAAGUGACUGGCAUCUCUUCCUUGUCAAACCUGACAGAGCUCAGCCUGUGCCGAAAUGAGCUCUCCGAGUUCCCUAAAGAGAUAAGUGAGCUCCAGCAGCUGGUGAGACUGUACAUGAAUCAGAACAACAUCAAGAGCAUUCCUGAUAAGAUUUUCCCCUCGUUAAAGAAACUUCAGUUUCUGAAGAUGAGCACGAACAAGCUCAGCCAAUUACCAUCGGACAUGAACAAAUGUGAAACCCUCACAUAUCUCAACUUGUCCAACAACUGUUUGAAGAACGUGCAGCCUCUGGUGGGUCUCCGUCACCUAAAUGAGCUCUACCUGGAAAACAACUGGCUGACAGAACUUCCACAGGCUCUGUUUCAGUCCCAGAACUUGAAAAAUUUCAAAGUACACAACAACCGUCUUAGAAAGCCACCUGAAGAGAUUUGUUUAGGUGGUUUAAAGGACAUUCAAAGCUACUUUGAGAUGUUAGAAGACCAUCCUUUCACUAUCCGCACCAUUAAAACAAUGUUCCUGGGUUCCUCCAUGGCUGGGAAAUCAACUGUGUGUCGUAGUCUGAGGUUGGGUUCUCCUGUCGAGGUGGAUGAGGAUGAUCGCACUGUGGGGAUCGAAAUCCAAGAAGUCUUCAAUACAGAUGGAGUUCGCUUCCUGUUUUGGGACUUUGCAGGACAAGAGGAAUACUACUUCACUCACCAUGUCUUCAUAACUCCCCAGGCCUUUGUCAUUCUUGCUGUUGAUCUUUCCACGUAUGAUGCUGAGUCUUUUAGAGAUAAAGUUGGCUUUUGGAUCACCAAUAUUCAGCUCAAGGUCCCAAAUGCGGUGGUCUUGUUAUUGGGCACUCAUGCUGACUGUUGCACUGAUAAAACGGAGGUGCAGGACAAGAAGAAAGAUAUUGAGGAGCGGGUGAAACAGAUGCUGUUAGAUCGAAAAUGUAGCUUAGCACAGCAAAAAAGAAACCUUAAGGAUUUAGAGGACCCCUCACUUUUCUCUGAACAGAUGAGUCUUAUUGAGCGACUGGAAGAUUACAAAUUGCAGGUCCUCGAACUUAUACCCAUGGACUGCACAGAGCCUGAUGACAUUAGCAGGUUACAAGAAUAUAUCAACAGGGUGGUCUUAGACGAAGACAAAUUUCCUUUUAUGGAACAAACACUACCACAAUGUUACAAGGAUGUAGAAAACGAUAUUCAGACCCUCAUGAACGAAGGCAUAAUUCCUCAACAUGGAAUAGUAACUCACGAGGAGAUCCUGGACCAUCUAAACAGUAGUGAUAAUAAAUUGGACUUGGAUAAGCUCAGGGUUAUUCUUCAGUACCUGCACAGAACUGGAAUUAUCACAUGGUACAGGGACAUCCCAGACCUGAAGGACAUGGUGUUUGUUCAACCUUCAUUCCUUAUCUCAUUGUUCAAGGCCAUUGUUAGACACGAUUUGGUCAGCAUGCUGAGAGAGAUCCCCAAAAGAGAUCUGAUGCUGGAGAACUCACUCCAGAAGCACAGAGACAAAUGGACUGAGGACUUUAUAAAAAGAGCAACUCUGAGCAAUGUGGCUGUAAGAAUCCUGGUGCGUGCAGAACUUACGCGGUCAGGGGUUGAAGAUGAAGAGCUGAUUGAGGAGAUUGUUGGGACCAAGAAGAAGGCUGGUACUCUUAUCAGGCUUCUGCAGCACUUUGACAUUUGUCUGCCAACUAAAGAAAGUUCUCCACUCAACCCUACAGCCCCCGAGUUUUGUCCAAAUAAAAAAUGGGAGCCAUCGAGCACUGAUGUUUAUGAACCGAAUGGAGCCUGUCUUUUCCUGAGUUUCCUUCAGGAAGACAAUCAGGAGGUAAUGCAGAUGUGGGGAGAAGAUAACUCCGAAGACCUCGCUGUUCAAGUUUACUUCCUCCCUGAGAUACCUCAUGGAUUCUUCCAUAGGCUGAUCAUCAGGAUAUGCUCUUUUUACUCGACCUACUGGGUUGGGAAAGAUCAGUGUCUUUUCACCUCUGGAAACAGACGUCUGCUGGUCAAACAGCAAGUCGGUGAUGAUGAUCAAUGGAUUGAGAUCCGGGGCAAAUGUAGUGACCUGUGUACCCCAGAAGAAAUCCAAAAGGCAUGGAAUACAAUAAAGUUGAUGAUGUCACGUCUGGCUGAGCUCACACAGCAGUGGAGAGGCCUGUGCCAGUAUGUACACAGCCCCUGUAAACAUACCGGCUGUAAUUCUUACUUCGAGUGGACCGACUGGCAGGACUGGAUUGAUCCUAAUGCAUCUGAAAAAUUUAACAUGGAUCCAGAGGAAAAAAUGACGUGUCGUAAUGGACACACUCGCAAAACCGAACUGCUGUUUCCUGCAAGAAGCUGUCACCUGUGAAGUAACACCUGUGAAGCGACACCUGCCUCGAACCAGACUCUGGAAAGAAUAUGGAAUAAUAUAUACAGAAUAAAAGCAAAAUGUGUGUGAUAUUAAAAAUGAUUAAAAAGAAUUAAUGAAUGUAACAGGGAAACAAAUGUCCAGCAGGGGGCGAUGUGUGCAUUGUUAAAGUUGUAGGUAUUUAUAUUGUUUUUCCAACAUCCUUAAUAGAACCUCAAUGACUACUUAAACUCUAUAUAAAUACACUAGAAAUAAAGCAAAUGUAAUACGAAA